AUGGAGCGCUUCCUGGCCCUGCUGCGCCUGCUGAGCAGGAGGAGGCGAGGGAGGAGGUACCGGGCGGAUGAUGACUACCAGGAAGGAUACGAAGACGUUUACUACUACACCAGCAAGUACAACACACACCUACUGAAUGAAGGGCCGUACACCAAACACUCUGCCGGGCCUCGACCUCCAGAUGGAGCGCUGGCCAUCAGGAGGCAGAGCAUACCAGUGUAAUAUUUUUAUCUUUUUUGUGAUGUAGAUGAGUUUCGGGGCUGCUCAGUGGUGGAGCUGAUGAAGAAGGAGGGGACGACGCUCGGUCUGACGGUUUCAGGCGGCAUCGACAAGGAUGGCAAGCCCCGGGUUUCAAACCUGCGACAGGGAGGCAUCGCUGCAAGGAGUGACCAGCUGAACGUGGGCGACUACAUCCGCUCCGUUAACGGCAUCAACCUGUCCAAGUUCAGACACGACGAGAUCAUCAGUCUGCUGAAGAACGUCGGAGAGCGAGUCGUGCUGGAGGUCGAGUACGAGCUGCCGCCCGUCUCGGUGCAGGGGUCAGGGGUCAUGUUCAAGAACUUGGAAGUCACGCUUCACAAAGAGGGAAACAGCUUCGGCUUCGUCAUCAGAGGUGGGGCCCAUGAAGACAGGAACAAGUCUCGUCCCAUCGUCAUAACAACGAUAAGGCCGGGCGGGCCGGCUGAGAGAGAAGGGACGGUGAAGCCGGGCGACAGGUUGCUAAGCAUCGAUGGGAUCCGUCUCCAUGGCAGCACCCUAACGGAGGCCAUGAGCAUCCUGAAGCAGUGCGGGCAGGAAGCCACGCUGCUGAUCGAGUACGACGUCUCAGUGAUGGACUCGGUUGCCACGGCGUCGGGCCCGCUGCUGGUGGAGGUUGCCAAGGCGACCGGCUCCAGCCUGGGCGUUGCUCUGUCCACCUCCAUGUUCUGCAGCAAGCAGGUCAUCAUCAUAGACAAAGUCAAACCAGCCAGCAUAGCAGACAGGUGUGGCGCCCUGCAUGCAGGAGAUCACAUUCUCUCUGUCGAUGGGAAGUCGAUGGAGUUUUGCUCUCUGGCUGAAGCCACUCAGCUGCUCUCUGCUUCCUGUCAGACCGUCCGCAUGGAGAUCCUGCCGCAACACCAGGCCCGACCGGCCCUGAACGCACCGCAGCACGUCAAGGUGCAGCGUAGUCCCCGCCCCCUCCCCUGGGAGACCGGAGGCUCCGCCCCCAUCCUCCCCCCCUACCACUACAACACCUAUCACCCCGACCAAUCAGCUGCCAGAUCGCACAACCGCCAUACAAACAACCCUCCUCUCAGCCACUCGUUCUCUCCCGGCUCCAUGUCGGCCUACAGUCUCUCGUCCCUCAACAUGAGCACUCUGCCCAGGAACAUGUAUCCCACAAGUCCGCGGGGCACGCUGAUGAGGAGGAAGGCCAAGAAGAAGGACUUCAAGAGCUCCUUGUCUCUUGCGUCCAGCACCGUCGGUCUCGCCGGUCAGGUCGUUCACACGGAAACCACCGAGGUGAUGUUGCUAGGCGACGGCAUCAUGGGGUUCGGACUGCAGCUGCAGGGCGGCGUCUUCGCCACGGAAACGCUCUCAUCACCGCCGCUCAUCGCUUACAUCGACCCCGACAGUCCAGCUGAGAGAUGUGGUAUCCUGCAGAUUGGUGACAGGAUCUUGUCCAUAAAUGGAGUUCCUACUGAAGACUCCACUCUGGAGGAAACCAAUCAGCUGCUCCGAGACUCGUCCAUCACGGCUCAGCUCACACUGGAGAUCGAGUUUGACGUAGCUGAGUCGGUCAUUCCCAGUUCGGGAACGUUUCACGUGAAGCUCCCAAAGAAGCCGGGAGUGGAGCUGGGAAUCACCAUCAGCUCUCCGUCCAACAGGAAACCAGGUGAUCCUCUGAUCAUCUCUGACAUCAAGAAGGGAAGCGUGGCUCACAGGACGGGAACGUUGGAGCUCGGAGACAAGCUGCUGGCCAUCGAUAACAUCCGAGUGGAGAACUGCUCGAUGGAGGAAGCGGUUCAGAUCCUCCAGCAGUGUGAGGAGCUCGUUAAACUGAAGAUCCGCAAAGACGAAGACAACUCAGACGAGCAGGAAGUGUCCGGCAGCAUCAUCUACACGGUGGAGCUGCAGCGCUACGGAGGCCCGCUGGGAAUCACCAUCUCCGGCACCGAGGAGCCGUUCGACCCGAUCAUCAUCUCCUCGCUGAGCAAGGGGGGGCUGGCGGAGAGGACCGGUGCGAUCCAUGUGGGAGAUCGUAUCCUGGCGAUCAACAGCAGCAGUCUGAAGGGGAAGCCGCUGAGCGAAGCCAUCAGUCUGCUGCAGCAAGCCGGAGAGACGGUGACGCUGAAGAUCAAGAAGCAGGGAGAACUGUCGAGCCCAAAGUCCUGCGUGAUUGGCCCAGGGUUGGGGGCAGGGCUUAUCCAGGAGCACCAGGACGGCGUGGACGAGCCCGUUGUCAUGGUAGCGCCGCUGUCGAGCCAGAGGCUGUUCAGCACGUUGCCGUCCGUGGACAGCGCCGUGGAGUCCUGGGACGGAUCCAACAUGGACAGCAGCUUCACAACUCCACCAUUUCAGUCGUCGGCGUACAGCUUCCACGAAUGGCGCAACGCCAAGACAGCCAACAACCAAUCAUCUUCCUCCGCUCGCCAGAGAGCCAAUCCGCUGUCAGAUCUGGGUCUGAGUGACGACGACUGGGACCGCCCACCGCUCGGAGGAGCCUGUAAUCUGCCCAGCGGCCUAAUCAGUGACAGCAGGUUCACUGUGGGGCAUGACGGGACAGAACCGGACCAGGAGGAGAACUUCUGGUCUCAGGCUCUGGAGGAUCUGGAGACCUGCGGCCAGAGCGGCAUCCUCAGAGAGCUGGAGGCAACCAUCAUGUCGGGCUCCACCCUCAGUCUGAACCAUGACCCGACCCCACUCCGCAGCACGCUGGGACGCCAGGCGAGCUUCCAGGAACGCAGCAACUCCAGACCAACGGUGACUCCUCGGUCAAACACGUUGCCGUCUGACCCGCAGCGCCGAGCGUUCGCCAUGAGGAAGAUGAGACAGGAAGUCAAUGAGAUCCUGAACCAAAACCCUGUGGAGCUGCACAAGCUGAAUCUAGAGAAAGCUUCAGAUCUGGAGGAUUUCGGCUUCAGUGUGUCUGACGGUAUGUUGGAUCGCGGCGUCUACGUUAACAACAUCCGACAGGGAGGACCGGCAGAGCGAGGUGGCCUCAGAGCCUACGACCGAAUACUGCAGAUAAAUCACGUCCGGACGAGGGACUUCGACUGCUGCCUCGUUGUUCCUCUCAUCGCUGAGUCAUCAAAUCACCUGGAGCUCGUCAUCAGCCGAAACCCCGCCUCCUCCAACCCCGCCGGCCUGCUGGCCAAUCACAUGGAAGGCACCGCCGACAACAGCCACUCCCCUCAGACAAUCGGUAGCGAGCUGGGACCGUCGGAGCUUCCCAUUGGCCAGGGGGAAGACGGUGGGCCAAUCAAGUGGAAGCAACCGGGCGACGGGCUGGGGGCGAGGGUUGUGAAUAAAUCCUUAUAGCAGAGAAACUGGAUUAAACCAGACUGAACUGGAGAAGUCAGCAAAGAGAACAGAACACAGCUGACUUAAACUGGUUUUGACCCGUCCAAACUGGUUCAGAGUGGACCCCCCCAUGGUGCUACACACACCUUCUGGAUGAACUUUGACCCCUUGAACACUUAAGUUUGACCUUUGAACUGCUGAAGCAGCAUGAAAGCACACUGAUGGACCCGAGCAUUAAA